AUGGACCACUUGGCCCCUUCUUCUGGGGUCAAUUGGUACAAUUAUAAUCCUUAUGGGGAGAUGUUAGGAGGACCCCAGCUCCCCCCUGUGGAGUUGGGAGGGUUAGACGUUGGUCGGCAUUUAGUGCCCCAAGUGUACGCGACCGCCGCGCCCCAAGUGACCUUGAGUAAUGGAAUGCAUUACGUACAAGAUGGCCAAGAUUUCAGUGUCUCAGAAGCAGUUCCUGUUCAGUACCAAGAGCCACUUUCUCCCCUGACGGAAACGAAAGCGGCAAACCGAGUUCAUGCCACGUUUGGCGAGAAAAUUGCUUGUCAGGAGUGUGGAGCAACCUUUGCAUGCGGUGCCAACUUGAGGAAUCACCUGAGGAUACACACGGGGGAAAGACCGUUUGUGUGCGAGGAAUGUGGGGCUUCAUUUACUCAGAGUUCCAACCUGAGGACACACAAACGAGUGCACACAGGGGAACGCCCAUACAUGUGUGGCAUCUGUGGGCAGACGUUUGCACGAUCGUCACACCUGCCAGGUCACAUGCGCACUCACACCGGCGAAAAGCCGUUCAGUUGUCACCUCUGCGGUCGAUCUUUUGCUACCAAUCAGAUCAUGAAGAACCACUUGAGAACCCACACGGGGGAACGGCCGUUUGUCUGCGACGUGUGCGAAGCCACCUUUGCUCAGAGCUCGUGUUUAGCCACUCACAAGAAAAUUCACACCGGAGAACGCAAUUACAAGUGUAGCGAGUGUGGCAAGGCAUUCAUCUCGAGAUCGGGCUUGCAGACGCACGAACGAGUCCACACCGGAGAGAAGCCGUUCACUUGCGAGAGGUGCGACAAGUCGUUCAAAACGUCCUCGUAUCUUUCAAAGCACAAACAGAAGUACUGUUGCAAUAAUGGUUACAAGAGUAAAGUUGACCAUGCAAAUGUCAAGAAGGCCGCAAAGAAAUGCUCAGACGGCCAAAAGGUGGGAGGAGGUACUGCCACGCAGUCAAAAGCAGCUACCAAGUUUUCAAAACGACUCCUCUCAAAGAGACUGAGACGCUCACACAGAGUCAAGACUGGCGAAGCGAGUGCCGAAAUGGCAGAUGGUGGAACCCUCGUUAUUGACGAGAAUAGUUCCAUGCUCUCAACGGAAAAAGAGUCGGGAGUGAAGACUGAGACAGUUGAAGUAUUUGAGUACAACUUAUCCCCUGCAAGUAAUGGAUUGGAAUCUUCUUCAUGUCAAGAUUGUGGACUACAAGAAAAUCAAGAUCCACUCAGCAAGUCGUGCAAAAAGGAGAGAUUCUUUUCGGACAAAGGCUGUAGCAACAAUUUAUGCAACUUGACGCUUGCUGACCAGUGCCAAAUGGUAACCCAGACCUCCUACGAAGUUCCGAGUAAACACGGUGUUGAAGUUGAGGGUCAGGUUUGUGACCUGCAAGAGGAAUUCUUAGAUUCAUCUCAGUACAAAGCUAAUGAGAAUUUGGAGUCCACCUCCCUUGUUACAGACGAGAAGGACCAGAGUUCGUACUUGGAAAAAAACGUACUGGAAGGUCAAUGGGAUUCCAAGAAUGCAUUCUAA